ACCUCGCAGUCUUUCCAACAUAUCAUCCGUAUUCCAAACGCGUCUUGAAGAAUAAUAGAACCCUAUUGAAUCUGCAGCUUGAGUGGACAUGAGUAAGGUCGUAUUUGUUGGCAAUGUCCCGUAUAACAUGGGCGAAGAGCAGCUUAUCGACGUGUUCAAAACGGUCGGGCAAGUUGUUGGAUUCAGGCUUGUGUUUGACAGGGACACGGGGAAACCGAAAGGAUAUGGCUUCUGUGAAUUCUCGGACCACGAGACCGCACUGUCCGCUGUACGGAACCUCAACGGCCAGGAGCUCGGUGGUCGUCCGCUCCGCAUCGACCUCGCAGAUUCGGACCCUUUCCUCGAGGGCAAGACCACCGUGCGCGGAGAGAUCAUUGAUGGAGGCGAGACGCGUGCGCAGUGGCGCGAGAGGGAGCGUGAACGUGAACGUCACUUUGACCCCCGCGACACCCCCGUGCGGAACGCGGAUCCGAACGGGUUCCUGCAGACGCUCCCCCCCGGCGUCCCCAUACCUCUUGGUGCGACCGCGUUGGACACAAUCAGUCAGGUACUCGCGACGUCAAACCCGACCCAGAUCCUCGAGGUCCUCGCGCAGAUGAAGGCUUUCGUGAUCACACACCCUGAUCAAGCUCGUGCUCUACUUGUUGCGCACCCACAGCUCGGGUACGCGCUCUUCCAGGCCCUUCUUCUGCACAAAAUUGUCGACUCCGGCGUGCUGGACCGCAUGCUCGCAGCCACGAGCGCAUCCAUCCCGCGGCAGGCGCCGCUACAGCCAACCGUCCCUGCGCCCGCUCCGACGCCAUACUCACAGGCGCCAUUGCAGCACCCUCAACCAGCCUUCCCAUCCCUCGGUGUCCCGCACGCACCCGUCCACCACGCGACGCCGCCGGUACCCCCGCAAGCUACCAUGUAUCAGCACCCUCCUCCAGCUACACACAUGCCGCCGUCGAUGCAACCCUCGCCAUAUUACCGUGCGCCACCACCUCCGCAGCCCCAGCCGGUACCACAAGCUGUUUCACAGCCUCCACAGCCCGCAUUUGAUCCCGCUCAGAGAGAUAUGCUUAUGCAAGUGCUCAGCCUGACAGAGGCACAGAUCAAUUCCUUGCCUCCGCCCGAACGUGAUCAAAUCCAGCAAUUGCGCAAACAAUUUUUGGGCGGUAUCACCGUCUAAACAUAAAAUCGCUACGGGUUCGUGGAUGUUUGACAUGUGCUCUGUACUAUGGCUUUCUUUAUUCUCUUUCUCGACA